UCCUUUUAUUUCAAAUUAAAUUUAAAAAAAAUUUCUUGACACAAUAAAAAAUAGAAAAAAUUUAUCAGACCUUUUCGAAACAAAAUUGCAAAAACUUUUGACAUUACAACAAAAUUAAGCACAGCCAAUAAAUACAAAGACCAAGGUAACAAACAAAACACCUACGUUAAUUAAAUUCUCUAUCUCCGAACAAUGGCCAAAAAGGGUGGCAAAGACAAAGGUGGCAAAGGCGGAAAAGACAAAAAGGGUAAAAAAGGUAAAAAGGGCAAAGUCGAAGCAAAACCCGAAGAACCCAUUGUCGAGAAGAAAGAAGAACCCAAGGAAGAAAAGAAAGAGGAGCCCAAAGAGGUAGUCAAAGAAAAAGUCAUCGACGAACCCUGCAUCUUCAAUUGUGCUCAAGACAAGGUUACCUACCGGCCCAACUCUUAUCCUGGUCUGCUGGCACAACCCAAAACCAUGGCUGUGGUGGGCUCUGAAUGUGGCAGUUAUGACAGUUUAUGUAAGCUAUUACAUUCAGGCUUUCGUUGUGCUGAUCGUGUCUAUGCCAUGGUGCCGUGGGGCAAUUAUGUUGCCUUGCGUGCUCACAAUGACACUAAAAUUACGUAUUUUCUCUUCGAUGGCUGCACUUGCAAUGUAAAUCGUUUUCGUUAUUUGGAUUUAACUUGCGGCACUGCUGGUUUUUUGUAUUUUGAGGAAAUGCACAAGCUAAUUAAUUAUAUCAUAAUGUCAAGAUCACGCAGGGAGGAGAUCAAGAAUUUGAAGCGCUGUGUGGUGGAUGAUGUGUGCAAGGAAAUGUAUGGCACGCAGCAUAUUUAGUUAAUGAAACAAAUUAAAAAUUUUUGUCAUUCAAAAUUUUCUGUAAAUUUUUUGAAUUUUCAAAAAGAAUAGUAGGACAAUAAAUAAAAUAGCCCACUUUUAAACCUUUGCUGC